GACACACAGUGAGUGCGGAAGUGUUUUUGCUGUCUUCAGUUAGUGUUGAGUUCACGGUCUCAGAAGAGCUGCAGCAGGAAAAAAACAAUUGUAGGUUAACACAGAAAUGCAGAAUUUUAAUGGAUAUUGCGUUUCCUUCUCUGGAGUGCUGCUGCUUGGUGUUCUCCAGGGUGUGUGUGUUGUUUUGGCCGACACAGUGAUGGUGCUCAAAGCUGGGAGCUCCCUGGAUCUUCCAUUAAAAUAUCCAGUAGAAUCAGGGUUAUUAGUUCAGUGGACCUUCAAUAAGAGCACUUUUGCUGAAUACAGUACAGACCAAAAUUACACAUUUCUGGAAUCACAGUUCACUGGACGGUUAAAGGGGGAUGAUGAUGAAGUUGGAGUAACUGUACAAGAUCUUCAACCUCAAGACUCUGGAACCUUUGUAGUGACUGGAAAUAGCAUUAAAACACAGCUUCCAGCACAGAUAUUUAAAGUUUAUAUUCAGAGUCCUAUAACAGCUGUGCAGAUUGAGAAGACUCAAACAUGGCUGACAUCCAACAACAGUUGUGAAGUUGUUGUGAAGUGUGCAGCACCCGGAGCUGAGAGGGUCUCCUACUCAUGGAGCGGCUAUCAGACUGCAAGUGGAGCUCAGCUGCAGUUCAGUCUCUCACCAGCAGAAGGAGCUGUUACACUGAACUGUACUGCAGCUAACAGCAUCAGCUACAGUUCUGCUUCAGAGACACUGAGCUGUAGCACCAACACAGGAGCUCCAUUGUCAAUGCUCAAACUGAUCAGUAGUCUUGUGGCGGCCUCUCCCUUUCUGCUGGUGACGAUCAUUCUGGGAGUAAAAUGUUACAGAGCACACGGUCAUCAUAACAGCCAGGAUGCUGUAACUGUAAUUGAGGAAUAAGUGCUUGGCUCUUUGUGGUUCAGCAUAUUUUCCUAUUCUUAUGUUUGCACAUUUCUGGAUUGAGUGCUCUUAUGAUUGCUGGGGAAACUCAGUUUUCACUCUUUCUUCAAGCUCUCUGGUUCGUCUUCCAGUCCCUUGUAUUUCAAAAGAUCCUAGUCUUUCUUCCUUGGUCAUUUGAUUGCCACGCUUAUCACAUCUAUCACAAUAUUCUGCUCCAUUUAUAUUUUCAGUGUCUGUUUGUUUUGCUGUACUGGUUAUCUGCCUGUAUCUGGAGAUCACACAGGAUUUUUGUUGACUUCUGCUGUUCUGUGUGAUUCCACUUGUGAGGAAAUACGACUGUCCAAACCAUAUUCAUGUUCAUCUGUCCCUGUACACAAGCCUAGCCAUGUUUACUGCAGCUAAUAUCAUAAAGUGCUGUAAAAGACGACAUGUUUGUGUCAUCUGAUCAAGGAUCUGUGAACAGAGGAGGAUUUGAACAUCAGAGUCUCUUUACAUUUAAAUAAACUGCUCCAUUUGCACUUUAUCUGUUUCUGGACUUUUGUGAAUGAUGUCUGGAUAGUUUCUGACUGUAUUUAUCUACUGGACUCUUGUAUUUAUUAA